CAACCACAAUCAAUAUCUCAGUAAAAGCUGAACUACCUACCCGUGUGUAAGCACAUAGAAUUCAUCGUAUCCUAUCACAAUUCAGAAAAUCUAUUUCAAAAAUGUAGAAAUUUAACACGUUCCAUACAUGCAAGGCGUUUGAUGACAUACGUGUACAUCGAAACCGUCAACUUGGCACCUAGUAUUAGGCACAUUGUAAAUAGACGCUACCAGUUAUCAGAAGCGAAUAUCACGAGGAAGAGGAAGAACAAGCGCUCAAGAUUGAAGGUUUUCUCAUCAAACUCUCUUCAUCGCCACCAUGUUCAACUUCUUGGUUUCGGAAAAGCUAGCAACCUUGGCCAAAAUUGUGUGGCCUAUAAUUUUCACAAGCCUGCUCAUGUAUUCAAAGUCUUUCAUCUCUACACUCUUCUUGGGGUAUCUUGGAGAUGCUGCAUUGUCUGGAGGCUCGUUGUCUCUUGGCUUUGCCAACAUAACAGGGUACUCUGUUCUCAAGGGCUUGGCUAUGGGAAUGGAACCAAUAUGUCAUCAAGCAUAUGGGGCAAAAAGGUGGCCUCUAAUGAUCAGUGCCUACAGGAAAACUCUCACUCUUCUCUUAUUUGCAUCCAUUUUAAUCUCCAUGUUGUGGUUAAACAUGGAGCCUAUACUUGUAUGGAUGGGUCAAGAUCAGACCAUUAUUUCAGUGGCCAAGAUCUAUAUAAAGUUCUCAAUUCCUGAUUUGAUAGCUCUUGCAAGUUACCACCCCCUUAAGACAUUCUUGAGGACUCAGAAUAUCAACAGGCCUCUGACCAUAUCAAUGACAGUGGCCAUGCUUCUUCACUAUCCAAUCAACUACUUUCUAGUUGUAUAUCUAAGUUUAGGUGUGAAGGGGGUUGCACUAGCCUCAGCCUGGAACUCGGUCAAUAUAAAUCUUGGCGUGCUGAUAUACCUUCUUCUAUCAAAAUCUGUGAUCAAACCUUGGAGUGGAGGCACAGAUGGCGGAUUCUCUGAUGGAUGGAAGUCACUGCUUGCCCUUGUAUGUCCAAGUGUUUUGUCUGUUUGCCUAGAGUGGUGGUGUUACGAAAUAUUGAUACUGCUUUCCAGUCUAGUAAAAAACCCACAAGCCAAUGUUGCAGCGAUGGGCAUCUUAAUUCAGACAACAAGCUUCCUUUAUGCAUUCCCAUUUUCCUUGAGCUCAGGUUUGUCAAUACAGGUAGGCCAUGAGUUAGGAGCUGAUCAGCCAGAAAAGGCAAAACAGACAGCUAUUGUUGGUUUCAUGGUUGCGGCUCUAUGGGGAAUUCUGGCUUUCCUUUUCACCAUUGCCAUCAAGGAUGUAUGGGGUAAACUUUUUACAAGUGAUGCAAUGAUUCUUGGUCUAACAUCAACUGUCCUUCCUAUAUUAGGUUUUUGUGAAUUGGGUAAUAGCCCUCAGACUGCUGCAUGUGGGAUUUUAGUGGGCAGUGCUCGACCCAAGAUGGGUUGCUGGAUAAACUUUGUGUCUUUCUAUCUCAUUGGCUUACCAACUGCAGCUUUGCUAACCUUCCAGUUCAAAAUGGGUUUUGUUGGACUAUGGUAUGGACUUGCAGCAGCACAAGCUUCAUGCAUAUGCAUGAUGAUUUGCACCCUCAUCCGUACAGACUGGAUGCAGCAAGCUAGCAGAGCAAAGGAGCUAACUCGGGAGAGGGAAGACGGCACUAAUGACUUAGAAGGCCCUCUGUUACAGUAAGCAUAUUAGCUGGCAAAUCAUAUCUAUAAGCCUGAAUAAAAAGAGUUAGGAGGAGAGCCUGUCGUAGAAGUCUAUAUUGUGUGUUAGUCAACAAAUAUGUGUGUGUGAUGCAAUAAAUUGGGCAUGGGCCCAAGUUCCUUGUUUAUCUAGCAAUGUGUCUAUUCAGUCUCAGACAAUCUCUAUAGGCCAUGAUAAUUAUAAUAUUUUGCUUACCUGUUAACUGAUCAAGCAUCUACUAAUAUUUGAUGUGAUGUUUUGAGAACACAUUUUAUAUGUAAUAUAUUAAAUUAAAAUAGGUAUAUG